AUGGCGGACUACCACGUUCUCAAGACACCACAAGUCAAUGCAGGCAGCCCGGGGAACCAGCCGCUGGCUCAGAAAACCACCUCGUCCACCGCCGUCCAUGUUGUCCGCUUGUCAAUUGUGCUGGGCAUUGCUGUGUUUAUUUUCGGUAACAUUGCGACUUGGGCGCCAUUGUACGAGCUUAACCUCCAAAAAACCAUGAUGAAGUGGUGGAACGGGUAUCCGAACCAACCAGCUAUGCCAGCCAUGAAGAAUCAUGGCCACAUGAGCAACAUUGUCGACACGGGUAUCGGUCGCAACAUCACCGAGACCGGGCACACCGAGAUGAUUCGUCCCACCUUUCUCUUUAUCUUUUGCAUCUUCCCCUUCAUUGUCAGUGUCCUGCUCAUUGAAUACUUGCGCCACAUCAACACGGCCCGACGUUUGACAUCGACGCUCAUUUGGCGUUUCGCAAUGCUUAUGCGCCGUAAACCUAAGUUUCUAGUGCUCGGUGUCUCUCGGUUCUCAGUGGGCGAGUGGAUCUUCGGUGUCGUCUACGUUCUCGGUGGCAACGGUCUCUGCUGGUAUUUUCAGUGGGAUCGUCGUGUUAGCUUUGCUUCCGGAGCUGGUCUACUCAACACCUCCAAGUACUGGAAUAUCGUGGGCAUCAGUGCGGCGUACCUGUGUAUUUACAAUAUGGCAUUCCUGUUGCUGCCCGUGACGAGAAACUCGGGCUGGAUGGAGUUUUUUAACAUCUCGUACGCCAACGGUGUCAAAUUUCACCGCUGGAUCGGUUUCAUGACGGUCAUCACCGCCGUCGUGCACAUGGUCGGUUACUGGGGCUAUUGGGUCCGACUAGGCACGUGGCAAGUCAACCAGUUCCCGUGCACUCAUUGCGACUUUGAGUUAGACAACUCGGGAGGCGGCUACUACGCGUGGUUCAACUUUUUUGGCUUCAUUUCCACACUCGCGCUCGUGCUCAUAAUCCCGACCUCGUUCCCCAUUGUCCGUCGCAAGGCCUACGAGUGGUUCUACAUUUCUCACUGGGUGUUGCUCAUCAUUUCUGUGCUCUUUGCAAUCUUGCACUGGACGCAGAUUAUCUGGUGGAUUCUGCCUUCAGGAUGCGUGUGGUUCGUUAGCCGGGCAGCUUCCCGUUGGAAUGCCAUGACCCCCGUCUCGGUUAAGGAGCUUUCGGUCAUCGGUGAUGGUGAUGACGAGUUGGUUAAGAUUGUCGUAAAACGUGCCGCCCCGGGAACGUCCCCAUCUUCAUCGUCCUACGACUACAAGGUCGGCAACUUCCUCUACUUGAACGUGCCUCGUAUCUCAAAGCUGCAGUGGCAUGCACUCACUAUCGCGUCGUCCCCGAAGACGAGCCCCACUGACGUCACUCUGCUGGUCAAGUCUCUCGGAGACUGGUCAAAAAGCUUGGUGCAGUAUGCUAAGGACUGUCACCGUGACAACAUUACCCCGCUGAUAUACAUGGAUGGUUUCUAUGGUGCUUCCCUUGAACAGUACGAAGAUUACUCCACCGUGUGCUUGGUUGGUGGCGGAAUUGGUGUGACUCCUGUGCUGGCCAUUUUAGAUGACCUUGCCGCCAAACUGUCCAGCAAUGGUGUCUCAUGGACCCAACGUUUCACUUUCAUCUUCACGUUCCGUGAGCUCAGUAUUUUUCAGGCUGUUGCACCCGUGCUUGCCCAACUUCGUCAGCUAGACCCACACGCGCAGUUCUUCAGGGUCCACCUAUUUGCGACUGGCGUCUACUCGGAUAUUGACCUUUCUCAUAAGUUAGAAUCCUCGCUCAUUAAGGAAAUGCCUGACGCGGCAACGACCAAGUCCACGAGUCGUGCUGCACGCCCAUUCUACGAGCCUCUGCGUUCAAGCAACAUGAUCCGCUUUGUUAUGUACUUGGUGCUCUACAUCGUAGCAAUUGCGGUUGUUUUCGUCGUGAAAUGGGGGAAUGGUGUCAUCCAGGGAACCAAUCACUUUGAGCUCUGGCCGCUUCAGCGCUCAUUCGAGCUUGCAGUUUUCUGCUUGACGAUCGUAGUAGUUUACGGCUUCGUGUAUUAUGAACACGCGAUGUUUCGUCGCAGCCACGCAGCCACCGAGUCGACCCCGAUUGUGACAGGAACCCCAGUAUCAAAGCUCACUGCUUUUGGAGGCGAUGUCCACUCUGUGGGAGACCUUCUCGGUCACUUCAGCGUCAUGAUAGGUAAGCGACCCGACAUGCAGUCUCUCCUGCAGCAAACGCUGGAGGCUCACAAGCUGGAUGAUAGCUCUGCGAGUUUGCUGUCUGUAGUCGGUGUCAUCUUGUCUGGACCAGAAGCAUUAAAGAUGGCAACAAACGAGGCCAUUUAUGCUCUGGGUGGUGGCAACUUUGACGUCCACGAAGAGGAGUUCGAGUUGUAG